AUGAAGUGCGCAGGUUGUCUGAAAGUUACUAAGAAUGCAAGUGUCAUUACAUGUACAUCGCCAAAAUGCGAAAAAACAUAUUGCUCGUACUGUAUUAAUUUAACAUCAGUUACAGUGGAGGGUAAAAAGUGCUGGAAGUGCCCCGAGUGUAGUGCUUCCAAGAAAAAAGGCGGCGAUAACACCCAAACGCCAAUACGCUCCAACCCGGAUUCGCAAAACGUUACGAUGCGCAAAAAGGAUGUCUCUGACUGUCAGACUCCUGAGACAGAAAUAAGAGAAUUAACAGCGAAUGAGCUCAAUAUACAAGCACAACAGGGGCUCCGCAACGAGAUAGAGAUCGUCGGUAUACCAGAAGGUAAUAACGAAAAUCUAGAACAUAUUGUUAAGGUGGCCGCUCAAAAAGUUGGAGCACAGUUGGAAGACGUUGACGUGGACUGGAUUACCCGCGUUGGACCUCGGCGCCUGGCUGUACCACCUAAUGUUCCGGAUGGUGGCAUUAGAAUGCCCCGACCCAUCGUAGUGCGUUUGCUCCGGCGAUCCAAGCGCGACCAGGUACUAAAAGCCUUCAAAUCAAGAAAGACCCUCACCAGCGCAGACCUGGGAAUAAUUGGCUCGCCGAUUAAAGUUUUUUGUAAUGAAAGACUUACGAAAGAAAAUAGACUUUUGUUUCGCGAAGCCAGAGCGAGAGCCAAUACCCAUGAUUACGCUUUCUGCUGGUGCAACCAGGGUGCAAUAUAUAUUAGGAAACGAGAAGGGAAAGCUGCAACACUUAUUAGAACUAAACACGAUCUGGACCGUCAUCUGCCAACUAAAGAGGAUAUCUAA